AAUCUUCCAUAAGUCUUUGAGUUUCUGGAGGCCUCCAGGGCCCUCCUCUCGCUGCCCCGGCACCUCCGCCGCUGCCGCCUCCUCCUCUCCGUCCUCCUCCCCCUCCUCCUAGUCCUCCUCCUCCUCCUCCUCCUCCCUCUCCUUCUCCUCCCCCUCCUUCUCCAGGCGAGUGGCCCAGACGAGUGGCAUCCAGGUGGACACGAGUCUGGCAUCGUGCCUCGAUCUCUGGUGGCCCCGGUGGCAAGGAUCGCUACGCCCCUUGCUGCUGCUGCUCCUCCUCCCUGCCUCGCGCUGCCCUCUCCCCCCCGAGGAUAGAAACCAUCAGGGCAAGUCCGCCAGGACGCAGACCAUCGAAGUGGUGGACACGGAGGGCAAUCCGAUUGGUGAGGAGAAGCUGAAGUUCUAUACCUUCAGCAAGCAGACGGCGAACUACGUCGUCCACCAAGCGUACAAAGUGUGGACCUACCAGCAAAUGCCGUUCAAGAAGUUUGUGGCCAGGCGCUCGGACGUCAGAGCAGGCCCGAAGCCCUGGAAGCAGAAGGGCAGCGGCCGUGCCCGGCACGGCUCCUUCUACUCGCCCUUGUUCGGCAAGUCCGCCACCAACAAAGCGCCCCACGGCCUCGACGGCAAAGCUCAGAAAAAGAUGCCCAGGCAGAAGCACAUGGGCGCCAUCUCGACGGUGUUCCAGAGCAAGUGGCGGGGCAUGGUGAUUGUCGAUGGUCUCGAGGACUGGAAGGAGCCCCGCCACCAGAAGAUGGUGGACCUCAUCGAGAAGGUGACCCACUGGCCCGCUGGAAAGGUGAGGACGCUGAUGAUCACGCGCAGCGGGUACGGGGAGCUCGACAUGGACCUCCACGUGCCGACCGCGGUCUCACGGUUGAACCCCAUGUACAUGUCGGGGCGCCUCAUCCCGAAGUUCGUGAUGCGCAGGCCCCGCGACAUCGACAUGAUGGCGGACGGGCUGUUCCAGCUGCUGUGUGCCCGCAAGAUUAUCAUCUCGCGCGAGGCCUUCUUUGACUUGUGCGCGAAGUUCAACGCGGAGGGCGGCUGGCAGUGGGUGAACCCCAGCGAGCAUCUGCGGAGAAGGAUGCUGGAGCUCGCGGAGGAGUACCCGUGCGACCGCCAGGCCGAGAUCGAGGCGGCCAGCAAGCUGCCCGUGGACGAAGAGAGGCGGAUGGCGUGGGCCGCGGCGGAGCGGGCCAAGAUGGGGCUCGAGGAGGUCCCCGCCGUCAGCCUGGAGGAGGCCUGAAGGGUGCACGGCGCCCCUGGAGCGGCGUGCAGGCGCAUACCUGAGCGCGCGGCGGGCGGGCGCGUCACCGCUGGCCUCGCGGGGUUGGCCCGUUGGGCCGUGGCGGCCGCGGCUGGGUGCGGCGUCCGAGGGGCUCCCUUGGAGAGGGGGGGGUGCGCUCGUGCUGCUCCU